UUUUGAUUUGUUUGUUGGAUAGAGAUCAAGAGGGAGAGAGACACCUGCAGCCCCGCUCCACCACUCGUGAAGCUCCCUUCCCCCUGCAGGAGGGGGCCGGGGGCUUGAACCUGGGUCCUUGCGCACUGCCUGUGAUGUGCGCCCUACCAGGUGCGCCGCCACCUGGCCUCAUGUCGAGUGGUUUUACAACUUGGAGAGACUUGGGCCCAGAGCCUUGCUGCCGCCAUGACUGAGGAGUCCGAAGAAACGGUCCUGUAUAUUGAACACCGCUAUGUCUGCUCUGAGUGCAACCAGCUCUAUGGAUCCCUGGAGGAGGUGCUCAUGCAUCAGAACUCCCACGUGCCCCAGCAGCACUUUGAACUGGUGGGUGUGGCUGACCCUGGAGUCACUGUGGCCACAGAGGCAGGGUCUGGGACAGGCCUCUAUCAGACCCUGGUGCAGGAGAGCCAGUACCAAUGUCUGGAGUGUGGGCAGCUGCUGAUGUCACCCAGCCAGCUCCUGGAGCACCAGGAACUGCACCUGAAGAUGAUGGCGCCCCAGGAGGCAGUGCCAGUGGAGUCACCGCCCAAGGCGCCUGCCCUGAGCUCCAGCACCAUCCACUAUGAGUGUGUGGAUUGCAAGGCUCUCUUUGCCAGCCAGGAGCUCUGGCUGAACCACCGGCAGACACACCUGCGGGCCACUCCCACCAAGCCUUCUACCCCUGUUGUCCUGGGGUCCCCCGUUGUCCUGGGGUCCCCUGUGGGCCAGGCCCGUGUGGCUGUGGAACAUUCGUACCGCAAGGCAGAAGAGGGUGGGGAAGGGGCAGUUGUCCCUUCUGCUGCUGCCACCACCACUGAGGUGGUGACUGAGGUGGAGCUGCUCCUCUACAAGUGUUCUGAGUGCUCCCAGCUCUUCCAGCUACCAGCUGACUUCUUAGAGCACCAGGCCACCCACUUCCCUGCCCCAGAGUCUGAAGAGCCUGCCUUGCAGCAGGAGAGCCAGGCCCCCCCACCUGCCGAAGUGCCCGUGUCUCAGCCUGACCCCCUGCCAUCCUCAGACCACAGUUAUGAGCUGCGCAAUGGUGAGGCCAUUGGGCAUGACCGCCGGGGGCGGAAGGCCCGGAGGAACAGCAGUGGAGAGCCAGGCAAGGCAGCCACCCAGGAACUCUUUUGCUCAGCCUGUGACCAACUCUUUCUCUCGCCUCACCAGCUACAGCAGCACUUGCGGAGUCACCAGGAGGGUGUCUUUAAGUGCCCCUUGUGUAGUCGUGUCUUCCCCAGCCCUUCUAGUCUGGACCAGCACCUGGGAGACCACAGCAGUGAGUCUCACUUUCUCUGUGUGGACUGUGGCCUGGCCUUUGGCACAGAGGCCCUCCUCCUGGCCCACCGGCGAGCCCAUACCCCAAACCCUCUGCAUUCAUGUCCAUGUGGAAAGACUUUUGUCAACCUCACCAAGUUCCUUUAUCACCGACGUACCCAUGGGGCAGGGGGGGUUCCUCUGCCCACAACACCAGUCCCACCAGAGGAGCCUGUCAUUAGUAGUUUCCCUGAGCCUGCCCCCGCAGAGACUGGAGAGCCAGAAGCCCCAGAGCCCCCCGCGUCUGAGGAGAGCUCAGCAGGGCCUACCACCCCUGGCACCUACCGCUGCCUCCUGUGCAGCCGUGAAUUUGGCAAGGCAUUACAGCUGACCCGGCACCAGCGUUUUGUGCACCGCCUGGAACGGCGCCACAAGUGUAGCAUUUGCGGCAAGAUGUUCAAGAAGAAAUCUCAUGUACGGAACCACCUGCGUACACACACGGGCGAGCGCCCCUUCCCCUGCCCUGACUGCUCCAAGCCCUUCAACUCGCCUGCCAACCUGGCCCGCCACCGGCUCACGCACACAGGAGAGCGGCCCUACCGCUGCGGGGACUGUGGCAAGGCUUUCACGCAAAGCUCCACGCUGAGACAGCACCGACUGGUGCACGCCCAGCACUUCCCCUACCGCUGCCAGGAGUGCGGCGUCCGUUUCCACCGCCCCUACCGCCUGCUCAUGCACCGCUACCAUCACACAGGCGAGUACCCCUACAAGUGUCGGGAGUGCCCCCGCUCCUUCUUGCUACGCCGGCUGCUAGAGGUGCACCAGCUGGUGGUCCACGCCGGGCGCCAGCCCUACCGCUGCACGGCCUGUGGGGCUGCCUUCCCCUCGUCGCUGCGGCUCCGUGAGCACCGCUGUGCAGCUGCGGCAGCGCAGGCCCCAAGGCGCUUCGAGUGUGGCACCUGUGGCAAGAAAGUGGGCUCUGCUGCUCGGCUGCAGGCGCAUGAGGCAGCCCAUGCAGCUGCGGGGCCCGGAGAGGUCCUGGCUAAGGAACCCCCAGCCCCUCGAGCUCCACGGGCUACAAGGUCUCCUGCAGCCUCCCCGACAACCAUGGCGGGUGCGGCCCCUGGGCCCCCUGCAGCUCAGGGAGCCCCUGCAGCUCCUCCCCGACGCCGAGGCCUUGAGUGUAGUGAGUGCAAGAAGCUGUUCAGCACAGAGACAUCACUGCAAGUACACCGGCGCAUCCACACGGGUGAGCGGCCCUACCCCUGUCCAGACUGCGGCAAGGCCUUCCGCCAGAGCACCCACCUGAAGGACCACCGGCGCCUGCACACGGGUGAGCGGCCUUUUGCCUGUGAAGUGUGUGGCAAGGCCUUUGCCAUUUCCAUGCGCCUGGCAGAACAUCGACGCAUUCACACAGGCGAGCGGCCCUACUCCUGCCCUGACUGUGGCAAGAGCUACCGCUCCUUCUCUAACCUCUGGAAGCACCGGAAAACCCACCAGCAACAGCACCAGGCAGCUGUGCGGCAGCAGCUGGCAGAGGCGGAGGCCGCAGUGGGCCUGGCUGUGAUGGAGACUGCAGUGGAGGCUCUGCCUCUGGUGGAGGCCAUUGAGAUCUACCCUUUGGCUGAGGCUGAGGGGGUCCAGAUCAGUGGCUGACUGCCCCAUUUCCCUCUUGUGCUAAAGGACCUUGCAGCCUGUACAUACUGUGCCCCUUCCACCCCUCCUAAUCACCAUGUAAGUUCUAUAACUGGAUUUAUUCUGUCUUCUGAGGGGGUGCUUGGGCCCCUUGCUAUGCAUAAAGGUGUUCCUUACCUUCUACCUUUUUAGCACUGGUGCCCCCAAGAUGAAACAGUCAAUAAAGACUGAGUUGGAUGGAUAUAUAUAUAUAUAUAUAUAUAUAUAUAUAUAUAUAUAUAUAUAUAUAUAUAUGCUUCUGUCUGGCCCAGCUGUGUGGGGUGGAACUUGGGGACUGUGAGCACAAGUACUUGUGUCUGUCCUUUCCUGACUGUAAUUCUAGCAUUUAGAACAUUCCUGACAGGUGUUGAGCUGAAUUACUGUGCUGAGUUGCCAGUAGUACUUACUGAUUUGUAACCUGGACUUCACUCUGGUGCUAGAUUAAAGCAAUGUGACUCUCUUGCCACUAGAAGUCACCACAUACCAGAAAAACCUGAAGUGAGUGUCUUUUGGUGGCAGGAGCAUUUGGGAUAA